CAUCUAAACGAAAAAAGACAAUUAAAAACAAAGCGAAUUAUUUGAAUAAAAAUAAUGAUGUCAAGAUCUGUGUUUCUGUGUUGUGUAGUAUUCUUGAUUACACUUAGUUGUGUUUGUGGAGAUGGCUUGAUAGAGGUGUUUAAAUGGAAACAAAUGGAUUUUUACAACCGAGGCGAUGUUCGAGCAGUACGACAACCAAAUCCAUCAGCGCCCGUAGUUUUUCCAGGUAAAUAUGAGCGAAGGAGAAUGAAACGCAAAGUGAUUACCUCGCGGGAUAUGCCCGAGGGCGUAGUGACUCGCAGCGGCUUUGGCGAUGACGACUCUCUGCCUUACAUACCCUACAACAAUGUGCCGAUGGGCGUAACACAUUUUCGGGGGCGACUCUUUGUGACGAUGCCCAGGCGACGUGUGGGAAUACCCUCGACCCUAAAUUACAUAGACAUGCGACGUGACAGCGCGCAGAGCAGCCCCAAGCUGCACGCCUAUCCCAGUUUCGAGAUGAACCAGUUCAAUAGCAGUGAACUGAAUCUAGUUUCCGUUUAUCGCACCACUGUGGAUGCGUGCCAAAGAUUGUGGUUUAUUGACACCGGCAUGCUGGAGUAUCCAAAUAAUCGCCAGCAAAUAAGACGGCCUAGUAUUUGGAUAGUGGACCUGAAAACAGAUCGUCAGCUGAUGCGCUUCGACAUACCCGAAGAGAUCGUGGAGACGGGUCGCGGUCUGGCCAGCCUCACCAUUGAUGUGCCCUCGCCUAAUCAGUGCGAUCAGGCAUAUGCCUACAUACCGGAUCUGGUCUAUAGGCGGCUAUAUGUAUACAGCCUGGCAACGGAUCGCAUGUGGAGCUUUGAGCACAAUUACUUUAACUUCGACCCUGUGGCCGGAGAUCUCCAUAUUGGUGGCCAGACCUUCCGCUGGGAUGACGGCAUCUUCUCCGUCACACUGGGUCCCCAGCAGCCGGAUGGCAGUCGCGAUGUCUACUUCCAUGCCAUGGCCAGCAACAAUGAGUUCGUCGUCUCGAACCGCGUGCUCCAGUUGGAGUCGAAUGCAGCUCGCUCCGAUCAUGGCAGCGACUUCCGUGUGCUGGGCAGCCGGGGUCAAAAUAAGCAGAGUACAAUGCAUCAGUACGAUCCGCGCACCGGCGUCGUCUUCUACGCCGAGAUACAAACGAAUGGUGUGGGCUGCUGGAACACGCGGAAUCCGUUCUCGGCAGCCACCCAUGACACUGUGGCAGCCAAUGCGGAAACCAUGAUCUACCCCAGCGACUUAACGAUCGAUGAGGAUGGCACCAUGUGGGUCAUGACCAACUCGAUGCCCAUAUUCAUCUACUCCACAUUGGACACAAACGUGUUCAACUUCCGGAUCUGGAAACAAGACACCAUUGCUGCCAAGCGAAAUACGGUUUGCGAAUAGGUUUAUGUAUAUGGAAUCGCUUUAAUGAACAUUUCGCAAUGAAGUUACAUAAUAAUAUAUUAUACUCGUAUGUCGUAAUGUAA